AUGAAAUUUGGUUUAAUAUUUAUGAUUAAUUUUUACAUCUGUGGAAUAAAUGCAUUUAUUCCUCCUCCAAGGGCAGAAGUAACUGCCACUCUUGUUAAUAAUAGAAUAUACUUUAAUGGUGGUUGGAAUGGCAGUUCAUCAUCCGACGUUUUUUUCCUUGAUGUCUCAUUACCUUUUACAACAAACGAUAUAGCAUUAAUGCCUUGGACAGAUCUUUCAUUUAUUCCAGGUCUGAUAAUCAGAAGUGGGCAUACAGCAUGUAUGAAUGGAAUAAAUAACAAUUUAAUUGUUUAUAUUGGUGGGGCCUUCAUGAAAGAAACCGAUUCAAAUUUUACCUCUGUAUUUGACAUUACUACACAAAAAUGGAGUAUACCAGUAACAUCUGGGAAUCUUACUUCUAUAGAACGAAUUUAUAUUCAUUGUGUUUCUUUAGGAAAUGGAAUAUAUGUCUAUGGAGGAGGGGAUAGUGUAUUUAGUAUGAUGAAAUUAGAUGUAUCAAAUUUUGUUUGGUCAACAUUACCUGAGAUGAAACAUCUCUUGGGUCUGAAGGAUACUUCAAUUAUGGUACUUGACACGUUAAAAUUUUUGUGGUCAGUUGCUGCGAUUUCAAAUAUUGGUGGUUCUUCAUCUAGUCUGUUUAGUUUUUCUUCGACUCUAGUUGGAGCCUAUGUCCUUAUUGCAUUUGGAAGAAAUA